CAUCCACAUAUGUACAUGUACACCCAUCUGCUCCAUCCAGGACGAUACCUCACAGGCUCACAGACUCACAGAUUCACAUGUAGCCUUGACUCCCUAGGCCGCGGAGAACUGCUGCACUGAGCAAUAAGCAGAGUCUAGCUACUUUCAAUCUGUGGCCUAGCUAGGCCGAGCCCUUACAGUCUGCUCAUUUCCAAGGUAGCAGCUGACCAUGGGCUCAGGGGCACUGCUGCAAGAGUUUUGUCUUGCUGGAGACCACGUAGCAUAAAGACGCAUCUUUCGCACUUUGCUGGCAUCUUUCCUCCAUUCCUAUCAACGCGAAGCUCAAUCGCCGCGAAGACAACAGACAUGGCCGCUUGCUUCUACCUGGUCGCUUGCUGGAAGCUGCUGUGCCUGUCACUGCUACCAUCUGUCGCAUCAGCAGCAGUUGCAGAUGCAGAUGCAUUGCUGGACUACUGGAGUCAGUACUCUCCAGCAGGCGAUUUCAAGGACCAAACCUACUUCUUCACGAAAUUCGUGAAUAGCAGCAUAAGAACUAUGCUUGCUAAGGUAGAACCUGUAAGGCUGGCAGAGGCGCCUUCUGCAGGGAACCCUUUAAACUUGCCAGUUUACACAAUUCAAACUUCAGGGGGCGCCCAGAAGCACAUGAUUCCAGGUUGGUACAACGACGGGGCAUAUAGACGCCAUCUUUCGGACCUGGUCAGCAAUGCUUUCUGCUAUCUCGUCGCCAAGGCUGAUCUGCCAGGCUUUGAUAAACAAUGGUUCCAAACCCCCGGCCCGCCAGGUGUUGAUGAUAGGCGUGGGGCAGUCUAUUGCAAGGCUGCUGGCCCACUAGGUCAAGGAGUCACGCAUCCAAAAGCUAUGAUCCCCGAUAUGGUGUGCGGAUGGAAUCUCUGGGCUGGUGAUGAGUCAUCUUUGGCGAAACCAGGCUGGAUGAGAUUGGAUUGCGUCCUAAACUGGCCAGCCUGGUGUUUUGAAAGGAAGCGUCCCUGGAUGAAAACAGCUAACUAUAGUGGCUUCGUGGUCAGCGAGUGCCGGACAGUUUGCAGGCAAGACCGAUUCAAGUUGAAGGCAUAUUGUUAGGAAUUCAAGUGCAUCCCCUGAUCACUUGCUUCCGCUGUUAUCUCUCUGCCACGUCAGCGCUCAUGCACGUGACCUUUAGUUUAGUCUUAGCUG